AUGGUAGCAAGACCGGGGAACCUCUACAUCAAGCGCGCUACCUCGAAGAUCCCUGUGGGUUGGCUUUUGACUGGCUUGGCCCUUGGCCUUGAGAAAACGGCCUGCUCGUGCCAUUAUUCUAUCCUUGUUUCCCAUCUCUCCAUUUACACUACUGCUGUCAUCCUCUCCCUCAAUAACCCUGGUCUUGAUCAAUCUUGGUCGCAUACCUCCCUCCGUACCCAUCUAUCAAAAAUACAUCCCUCCUGCGUUUUUGUUUCUCUCUUCUCCAUCUUGCACCUUAUUCUCAUACUCCUCCAUCAGCCCAUCCUUGAUUCUUGUAUCAACAUCAGGAGCGUCGAACCAAGCCCAACUCUCUUGGGCAAUCCCGAUCCAUUUCGACGACCAUCGCUCCCUUCUCUACCUUGGUCCUUCGUAUCACACACAAUUGUCGUCUCUUUUGAGCAUUUCAAAGCCGGGCAGCCCUAUGGCGCCGUGGACCCUCAUAUACUUCGCCAGUCCGGCGCCCAACAUCACUCAGCCUUCUCCUUGUAUCCUGGGCCCGAGUCGGGCCCCGGGGAAUGGCAAAUGGGCGACUACAUGGCUCAGGCCUUGCUCAACUACGCCCACCCCCACGCGAACCCGCACCAUUUCCCCCAAGGCAACACUUAUACCCACGAGACUGGGACACAGGAAAGCAGCCGUGCCAACCAUCAGCAUCGCCAUCACCAGCAGCACCAUCAGCACCGCCCGCAGAAAAAGAAGAGACGGCCGGACCGGCGUAGCGGCAGCGGCAGCGGCAGCGGCAACGGCAACGGCAACGGUAACAGCAACGGCAACAACAGCAACAGCAAUGCUCACGAGUACACCUUUCCACAUCACCAGGGUGCCGACCAAAUCAACUUGAGUACCUCGUCAGCUCCGACCUCGACCCCCAUCGACGCCACUGCUCUGGAUCACGAAGGUCCACCUGCCGCGCCGCCGCCACCGCCCGCCAGGGGACGACAACAAUCCUCCAGCCGCCGGGGUCGACCUCGGAAAGUAUCCUCCCCGCCGCCCUCCACCACCUCCACCACCUCCACCGCCUCCACCGCCUCCACCACCCAGAACACGGCAAGCCACGGGCCCAAGCCCCUGGCCCCCAAAGACCACAGUCAACAUAAGCGGCGGGCUUCGUCGCCCGAUGAUGCUCCUCGUCGUUCCUCCAACGCCAGCACCUCGACGGCAACCACCACCAGCAGCAGCAGCAACAACAACAACAACAGGCCUGGCGAGACGACGCCUCCAGACUCGCCCGCCGAAGAAGCCGCCAGCACCAGGGAGGAGAAGAAGGCCCGUCUCCGCCUCCGCAACCGCCAGGCCGCCCACAAAUGCCGCCUCCGCAAGCAGCGCAGCAUCGCCGACUUGCAGACCCAGGAGGCGGCCGCCGAGGCCAUCCACCAGGCUCUCGCCAACGAGGCGUCCAUGCUGCGCGGCGAGGUAUUGAUGCUCAAGUCCAUGAUCCUGCAGCACGGGAGCUGCGACUGCCCAUUCAUUCAGGACUACAUUAGUAGUUCUGCCGCCAAAUUGACGGCCACCCAGCAACAGCACGAACAACAACAGCAGCAGCAGCAGCAACAGCAGCAGGAGCAGAACAAGAGGCUGCGCAAGUAUAGUACCGGAAGUGUCAUUACGACCGCCGGUCCUCCUGACGGGGCAUCAUUCGCCUCGUCCCUCUCCUCUGUCGCUUCGUCUCCUGGCUACUCUUCCCCCGGCGACUUCCCACGAGAAGACGACGACGGCGGCAAGUCAACCGCGGCUAUUAUGCGCCGGCCGCACGAUAGUGCUAGUGCUAGUGCUAGUGCUUCUGCCGAUGCCAAUGCGAUUGUUGAGGUUGAGGAUGGCUUCUCCACCGGCGGUGCCUGGGCCGGUGGCGGCGACGGCGACAUGGGUUUCGGCUACCUCGCCGUCGGACAGGGGGAGGGAGACGCGCGUCAUGAUGGUGUGGGCGUGGGCGACAACGACAUGCGCAUGUCGACGGAUCCUACCGUUCCACGAUUGACCGCCACUGCUUAA